UACAAAACCAGCUGUGGCAGUACAUUAUUCUUCAGUAUUUCAUCCAUGGAUGUAUUAUAAGACGCGAUACAUGACCUGACGUCAGCCUAUGCUUUUUGACAACAGCUUCGGGAGUAUCGCCAGGACGUUUACGGCAUGGCUUUGUUUGAGAACUGCUCCUUGUUAUUGGAUCUGAAAACUUUGCCCUUCAAGGAGAAGAAGAGGCUGAAGUCAGCAGUAACAGAGAAUGGAGGCAACAUUUCCUUUGUGGUCAAUAAACAGUGCUCUCUGAUAGUGACCAGCGAUGUGUCCAACCUGAGCUCCAACAGGCUGCGUAGCAUCCAGAAGUACGAGACUCCCGUGGUCGGGGUGGAGUAUGUGUACAGCUGUCUGGACAGAGGAGCUCUUCUGCCUGUGGAUGGAUACAAGCUGGAGACAUCCGCUCCCUCUGAUUUUUCAACCCCUCCUCUUGUUCUCCCCUCGCCGAGGUCAACUCCAUUGUCACAAGCGUCCAAAGCACCGACGAGCACAGCUGUUGCUGAGCAACCCAAAGAGCCGGCCGAGUCUAUGGACUCCGUCAGUCGGACUCAGAGGACAGAGACUCCUGAGAAAAGCGGAAAUAUCCUGGAAAAGUUCAGAAUUUACACGGAGACUGAUUCUGAUCUUCCAUCGUAUCCGGAUAAUUUUCAAGUGGCCAAGUAUUCAGUCUUUGAAAAGAUAAACAGCAACACAUGGUGUGUGCUGGAGCUGCAGAGCGUCAAAGGAGAGAAAGGACGGCUGUACCGUGUGGUCAGGUACUGGAAGAAUAAUACAGGAGCCAAGAAGGAGGCGAUGAAGGAUAUGCUGGUGUUUCUGUCCACGUCAGAGGAAGCUCUGGAGAUGUACCAGGCUCUGAGAGAGACCUUCAAGACUACAGGUCUGCAGCUGAGGAGCAGCAUCCCUCCACAGGCCCGCGACCUGGGUUCCUCCCCCCUGCAGCAGCUGCUGCUGGAGGAGAAACUGAACACAGGAAGCUUAUCACAGGAGGUGGCCGUUUUUGUGGAGAUGCUGUGGACUGAGGCCGUGGGCUUACUCAGCAACAUCCUCAGAGUUUCAGUCAACAAGCUCAGCCUCAAUGAUGUGACCAGGGCGGAGGGCUUGUUGCUUCAGGCUCAGAGGAAGCUAAAGGAGGAAAAUCCUACAGAGGUGGUGUCUCUCCUGGCAGAGUUUUACACCCUGCUGCCGCACUGGAUGCCCCAGUUAUCCCCCGAUGCCAAGCUCAUCUCUCAGAAACUGGACCUCUGUCAGUUAAUUAGAGAUCUGCUGAACGUGAGUGAGAUGACUCUGAGAAGCCCCGCCCCUUCCUGUCUGGGAAACUACCGCGCUCUGAGGUGCAGCAUUGAGACGGUUCCCUCCAGCAGCUCCGAGUUUCAGGCCGUGACUGCUCUGCUGCGGGACAGCAAGGUGCAGAUCCAACAGGUUCUGCGUGUCAGCCGAGGGGUGGAGCUUCAGACAUUUAAGGGUGAGCUCGGGAACAUUAAGCCACUCCUCCAUUCCUCCAGCCCCAGCAACUUUGUAGGAAUCCUUUCCCGUGGUCUGCUGUUGCCCCGUGUUGGAGUGGAGCAUCAUGGGAUAGAGAGAACAGACACUGGUAAUCUGGGCAGUGGAAUCUACUUCACUGAUGCCAUUAGCACCAGUCUGAAAUACUCCAAGUGCAGCGUGACAGACGGCUCUCGGCUGCUGUUGGUGUGCGAUGUGGCGUUAGGAAGUUGCAAGGACGUCCACAAGAGAGACCUCAUGCUGACCGAAGCCCCUGAGGGACACCACAGCGUGCAUGGAGUCCGCCGCAGCCGUAACACACACUCCGAGUUUGAGGAUGAUGAGUAUGUGGUCUACAGUCCUGAUCAAGUGAAACUGAAGUACGUGGUACAGUUCAGCAUCGAGGGAGACCAGCUGAAGGAGUUCAGUCCUACCAUCAACAACUCCGCUGAGCCGUGUCUGCCUCCAUCUGAUCAGACACCCUCUUUGGAUUUGGAUGACGGGGUUGAAAAGAUUAAAAACCCCCUGGAGGAUGUGACAGCUGGACUGUUGGACAGCUCUGGCGAGCAGCUCCCUCUGCAGGCCGUCCACGUGAAGUGCAAACUGAUGGAUCUGCUCUCUCAGGUCAUCAUUUUCCAGAAAUACACCAACACGAGCUCCGUGCCCAUUGAGGCAAAGUAUGUCUUCCCAUUGGACGAUUCUGCAGCAGUGUGUGGAUUUGAAGCUUUCAUCAACGGGAAACAUGUGGUGGGAAAGGUGAAAGAGAAAGAGGCGGCUCGUAAGGAGUACAAGCAGGCUAUUGAGAAAGGCCACGGAGCGUAUCUCAUGGACCAGGAUGCCCCUGACGUGUUCACAAUCAGCGUGGGCAACCUGCCGCCCGGCGCCACCGUCCUCAUUAAAGUUACCUUCGUGUCUGAGCUGAUCAUCAGGCGUGGGGGUAUUCUUUUCUCCCUGCCUGGGAGUGUGGCUCCGUGGCAGGAGAGUGCAGCACUCAACCAGACCACACAGGUCACUGUGGAGAAGGUGUGUGUGACUGACAAGGCAGCAAGUACAAGAGAGUUCACCCUAGACGUGUCGAUUGAGAUGCCCUAUGAAAUUGACACUGUGUAUUGCCUCACUCACAAAGUCAAGAUGAAGAGUACACAGUGUAAGGCAGUAGUGAGUGUGCUGCCAGGAGAGGUCAUGGGUGCAGAGGGUUUCCAGCUGACAGUCACUCUGUCUGAGAUCCACCGGCCCAGGAUGUGGGUAGAGACCCACCCUGACAAGGACAGCCAGGCCUGCAUGUUGGUUUUCUAUCCAUACUUUGACAUCGAGUCCAUGUUUGUGCCCGAUGAAGUCGUCCUGUUGCUGGACACGUCUGAGUCCAUGAAGGGAGAGUCUCUCCACAUGGCCCAGAGGAUCGCCCUCCAGGUCCUCAAAACCCUCGGCCUUCACCUUAGACUCAAUGUCAUUUUAUUUGGCACAGAUCACACUGAAGCGUUCCUGACAGCACAGCCGCUCGCUGAAUUUCAUCAGGCAGCAGAGAACUUUAUCAAGCGCCUCUCUCCAGUGGGAGGCAGCACCGAGCUGUGGCGGCCCCUGCGCGCUCUCAGCCUGCUGCCUCCGUCCGUCGGCACCAGGAACCUGCUGCUGCUGUCGGACGGCCACAUCCAGAACGCAGAGCUCACCUUGCAGCUGCUCAGAGACAACGCUCAGCACAGCCGCCUCUUCACCUGUGGGCUCAGCCCGACAGCCAAUCGGCACAUGCUGAGAGCUCUGGCCCAGGCAGGGGGUGGAGCCUAUGAAUUCUUCGACACAAAAACCAAACACAACUGGGCAGAGAAGGUGGCAUCUCAGGUGAAGCGUAUUGCAUCUCCUGGCUGCAGUUCAGUGUCAGUGAAGUGGCAGCAGUUCAACCCAAGGGCGCCCACUCCUGUGCAAGCCCCCAAACAGCUGCAUGCUCUGUUCAGCAACUGUCACACCCUGGUUUACGGCUUCGUGCCACACUGCACCCAGGCCACCCUCCUUGGAAACCUGAGUGGGCAGGAGCUCAAAACCAUAGUGUCAACCAGUGAGCUGCAGAAGACUAGAGGCACAUUUCUUCACAAGCUCACAGCAAGGGCCCUGAUCAGGGAUUAUGAAGACGGAAACCUGGAUACCAAUGAGGCCGAACAUGAGGGGAAGAAAGAGGAGUUGAAGUCCUUCGUCAUAGAGUUGAGCAAAGAGUUCUCCAUUCUGUCUCAGUUCACCAGCUUCGUUGCCAUUGAGGAAAGGGACUCAGAAAAACCAGAGGAGGGUUUCACAGACAUCCCCAAGUUGAUCGCAGAAGAAGAUGUGGACUUCCUCCGCUACAUCAGCUGGACUUUACCUCAGGAGAGUUCAGAGGAAGAGAUAGAGGACGAAGAGGAAUACUCUGUGUGUUUACAUUCAUCUGAAGUUCUGGAGGAAAGAACCCAUUCUAUGGGCCCAAUUAAAUGUGACAUGGCACUCUCCAGCUCUUCAGAUGAUUCACUAAUGAAAGAAACCCUUCUUACAUCGGGAGUCCUACAAAGUUUGGAACACUCCGGCUCUUCAGAUGAAUCGAGUCAGAUUGAAUUCUCUUCACCAAUUGUGGGGCAUCAAGAAGCCGCUGAUUUCAGAGAGGCUAACAGCAUGAGGUCCUCAGUACUGCUCAGAGGUUUGGAAUUUCUUCCUGAUUGCACGAUUGUGAAGGGUCGUCUUCCUUCUCAUCCCGCUCUUCCUCCUCCUCCUCCUCCUCCUCCUCCUCCACUUGCACAAGCCCAAGUUUUCGGCUCUCUAGUCCUUCCACCUCCACAUCCCCUUGGAUUCAUUGGAUCUCAGGUCAAGUCUCGUUCACACAAAAUGUCUUAUAGAGCUCUCGACAUGCCACUUCCACUCACUUCCUCGGCGGACACUUGCGAUAGUUUCGACAGGAGUUUUUCAUGUUCCCAGCCACGGCAACGACGCACUUCACCUAAAAUGACCGAGAAAUCCAGGAGGCGGAUACCAAUGACAUCUAAACCAACCCAGAGUCCCCCACUGAUUCUUGACAUGAAAAAUGAGUGUCCAGUCAUAAAGCCCCAAGAUUUGAGUUUCACUGGCGCUGAAGUUGGAGACGAACUUUCAGCGACAUUAUUGUGCCACAGCAGACGUAGGGUCAAGGGCAUAGAAACUGAAUCUAUGGAAAUCAUGGCUGACACAGCUGAACCCGCACCUCUCGUACAUGUCCAGGAACCUGUGAGAAAACGUAUGAAUCGCUCUCAAAUUAUCGACGAAUUUCUUGGGACAUCGGCUACUCUCCGCCUCAAGUUGGACUCCAAAGAAGGAACUUAUUUGAAGCACGUGCUGCAGAAAGUCUUUCUUUACCUCCGCUUUCCCCGAUGACAAAAGGGAUUCAGGCCGCUUCAGGUAGCCCUCCAGUAAAACUGGCCGCAUCUGAAUCAGCAUUUGCUCAGUUCUUUAGCGAAGCAAGCAAGAGGCCCCCUCGUCUAAGGGCGGCUACAGUUGUUCGUUCCUGUGGG